AUGCAUUGCCGUCAGUCUCUCCUGCUGUCUGCAAUUAGCAGUUGCUCCAUCCACUUUGUGAACAGUCAACAAUCUCCGGUCAAUCAAGUCUCUGCAUACACGGUUCCACCAGGUUUUCCAACAGAUCUCUUCUCUGCAUACUAUAUUCCUCCUUCGCCGACGCAGCAGCCUCAACCUAUUAUCUACGAUGCUGCUCUUAACUACACCUACCCACUAGAGUUGACCGAUCCAGCUUCAAUCCCUGAGGAAAAUGAAGACCCGAUCUUCUUUCCAGAGGCACUCUACCCGGUAUCUGAUGCAUCAGCUAUCAUCGCAAACGCUACGAAGCGAGUGACUGAAAUCAUUGCCGGGAGCGGGUCGAAUUGUUCGAAAUGCAUAUCAGCAUUGGAAGUCGGCCAAUACGUUGCUCAUCGGGUUCCAGAGUUACUCCCUGACCUCUUGGUUGAUCUUUGCAUCAGUAACAAGUUCAAAUCAAACGCCAGCUGCUUGGAGAGUUAUGCGGCCCAGAACUAUGGUGCGGUUUGGAGUCAAGUCCUUUCAUUUGCUAACGUUACCGGCUCCGACGGUCAAUAUAUUUGCAACUACCUGAGCAGCAAUUUUUGUCCUCGACCUUACACCAUAAGUUCGGACACCUCUGCAUAUUUCGGUCCAAAGCCCAAGUCCCUCACUGCUCCUAAGCCAAGUGGCAAUCGAGUCAAAGUCUUGCACAUGAGUGACAUGCAUAUUGACCCCAGGUACCAAGUAGGCUCAGAGGCAAACUGUACAGAUUCCAUGUGUUGUCGGCCGAAUGUCGAGAGUGCCUCGGGAGAUCUGAAUGUUGAAGCACCUCUGUACGGAGCCUUCAAAUGCGACAGUCCAUUCUUCCUUCUCACGGCUGCAUUAAGAUCCAUCUCUCCUCUCACAGGAACCACUCACGAUAACAAGUCCGAGAACGACCAGUUUGCCUUCGCCCUCUACACUGGUGACCUUGUCAGUCAUGAAGGCCAGAAUGAGCUUUCUAGGGACUAUGUCAUGUACUCUGAAUGGUCAAUCUACCACCUUCUCAAGUCUUAUAUACCAAGUGGUCCCAUCUUCGCCGCGCUAGGGAACCACGAUACUAACCCUGAUGGCAUCGACGCCCCACACAGCCUUCCUGGUAAUCUUGGUCAGCAACAAUCUUGGAACUUUGAGCACGUUUCAGCUCUUUGGCGACAGAACAAUUGGAUUUCCGAGACCGCAGCGAACCAAGCUCGAAUGCACUACGGCGCUUAUAGUAUCAAUCACCCCAAAUAUCCCAAACUGCGUGUGAUCACCCUCAACACAGACUUCUGGUACAGAAGCAAUCUUUUCAACUACAUAAACACCACAAACCCCGAUGUCAGCGGAAACUUGAUGUUCCUGGCCAGCGAGCUCCAAGACGCUGAAGAUAAAGGGGAAAGAGUAUGGGUGGUUGGCCAUGUCCUGACUGGCUGGGAUGGCAGCAACCCCCUUCCAAAUCCAACUGAUCUUUUCUAUCAAAUCAUUGAUCGCUAUUCUCCCCAUGUCAUCGCCGGUGUCUUCUUUGGUCAUACUCACGAAGACCAGUUCAUGAUCUAUUACGCCAACAAUGGUACGACACUCGAUGCUGCGAAUGCACAGACCGUGGGCUGGAUUGGGCCCAGUAUAACUCCUUUGACCAAUCUCAAUUCCGGAUACCGCAUGUAUGAGGUUGACACUGGAGAUUUCAGCAUCUACAACGCAUACACAUUUUAUGCCAAUGUCAGCACUUUUGGCUCGAUCAAUGCCACUGAGACAGGCCCGGUCUUCAAAUAUGAGUAUUCGGCAAGGGAUGCGUAUCCGAUUAACUGGCCUGUCGACGCACCCUUGAACGCCACCUUCUGGCAUCUCGUGACAGAGGCAAUGGCACUCAAUCAUACGCUUGUAUCAAGAUUCAAUACUUUCCAAGGUAAAACAAGCAUCAAGAGCCCAAAUUGCACGAGUGAUGCCUGUGCCGAGGCCAAGGUGUGCUAUAUGAGAAGUGCCAAUGUUGCUCUAGGACGACUUUGUCCACAAGGAUUCGCCUCUGUGCAGAGCAAAUAUACUGGGACAAACUUUUAGGAGCCCUGGCAAAGUCAUAGUGAUCCGACUUGAUGGGUGGAAGGAUCGCCUAUCCCCGUUUAACGAUUUAUGUCCUCUUAAGAGCCAAGCGAAGAAUGACUUUAGAUGGAAUUUUGCGAUCCAUUGUGAGAAGGUGACCUCGACCGCGAGAGAAAUCUUGUGAAGACACUCAAAC